AUGGCUUCGGACGGUGAUGGGGUGGCGGCAUUGACGGAACGGUGGGCUGACAUGGUCCUCGAGGACGAGGACAUCGACUUUGAACCGGUAGGAGAUGGGGUUGGUGUAGUUGCUGAGCCGGAGUCCUGGGUGGUUGUGGGACGCUUCCUGACGGAGAAGCUUGUGAAGGUUGAGUUUAUGCGUCAGGUCAUGGCAUCGAUAUGGCGUCCGGUUAAGGGGGUGCAGAUUUCUGAGCUUAGUCCGAACCUGUUUAUGUUUGUUUUUUAUCAUUAUUCGGAUGUUCUGUAUGUUCUCGAAGAGGGGCCUUGGUCUUUCGAAAACAACACUUUGGUUUGUCGACAAGUGCACGAUGGUGUUCUUCCGGCCGAGGUAGUUCUGGAUGCGGUCGACAUGUGGGUGCAGGUUUAUGACUUACCUGUGGGCUACACGUCUGACAUAGUGUUGGAGCAGGUUGGUAACUUUCUUGGCGUUUUUCUUCGGUGUGAUGACAGGUUUGCGGGAACGCCAUGGCGCCAUUAUUACCGCAUUCGAGUGUCGAUCCCUGUGUCACGCCCUAUCAAGAGAAGGAUGCGGUUGGUAAAGCGAGAUAAGACGGCCUGUUGGGUGUCGUUUAAGUACGAGAGGCUCCACUCCUUUUGUUUCUUCUGCGGUAUGUUAGGCCACUCAUACAAAUUUUGCUUGAAGGCGAGAGAGUCGGUGAUUCCGGUGUCUGAGUAUCCGUAUGGUGCUGGUCUGAGGGCUGGAGCCAGGCGUAGUGGUCCUAGGCCUGUUGGUGAGCCUUGGCUGAUUCCGGUUAUUGGGCCGGUGGUCGCAACGCAGGGUGAAGAGCCGAAUGGUGUUCACGGUGCAAGUGCGGUUCGGUGUGACAACCGAGUGGUGCCGGCUGUUGUGAAUGAUGACGGCCCGUCGGUGGUAGCAAACGCCAAGCGACGCCGAGAGGGUGCAGCAGGUGGCAGCAGACGUGGUAGCAACAAUGGUGAUGUUACAAUGCUUGACGUGUCAAAAAACUUGUCCAAGGCGGGUUCUGGUGCCCAGACCCGCCCAUCAUCAUGA